GUUUGGCUGCUCUGGGAAUGGGCCUUCCUGCUGAGGGCCCUCAGAGCCGGCCGGGGACCGAGGUGACGGGACCCAGAAGGGACGGGAGGAGGAAGCGCUGUCUCCGCCGCGCAGACAGGGGUCCGUGGCUCAGCGACGCCGCCGCCCGGGACGGGGACCGCCCGCCCGGGUGCUCGCCCCGCCCACAGAGUCCGAUGGCGGCGGCCGCGCGCAGGGACCCGGCUGAGGGUGGUGUGACCUUUGAGGACAUUGCCAUCUACUUCUCCUGGAAGGAAUGGAGACUUCUUGAUGAGGCUCAGAGACGGCUGUACUAUGAUGUGAUGCUGGAGAACUUUACACUUAUAUCCUCCCUGGGUUGCUGCUGUGGAGCAGAAGAUGCGGAGGCACCCCUUGAACAGAGCGUUUCUGUAGGUGUGUCACAGGCCAGCACGCCCAAGGCAGCUCUGUCUUCCCGGAAGACCCACCCCUGUGAGAUGUGCGGUCCGGUCUUGAGAGACGUUUUCCGCUUGGCUGAGCACCAGGGAAAACCAAGCAGCCAGAAACUGUUGAGGUGUGGGGCAUGCGCACAACGAUUUUACUUCAUCGUAAACUUUCAGCAGCAGCCGGAGCAGCACACGGGAGAGAAACCAUUCAGAAGUAGUGUGGACACAGUCUCUUUUAUGAAGGGAUAUGGAUUCCAUGAUUCAGGAAAGCCCUUUACCUGUACAGAGGUUCAGAAGGACUUCCUGCCUGGCGUGGUUCGUCUGCAGCAGGACGACAUUCAUACUGGAGAGAAGCCAAACACAAUCAGCCAGUGCGGGGCAACUUUGCAGAGCAGUAAAGGUCAUUACACUCGGGGAGAAUGCAAGGAAGCUUUUGGUCCCAAAUGUACACAUGUUCAGGAUCAGGGUGUCCAACCUGGAAGUCCAUAUUUUGUGUGCAGUGAAUGUGGGAAAACAUUCAGGCAAAAAUCUUUAUACACUAUCCACCAGACAUUCCAUACUGCACAAGGACAUCAUGAGUUUGGCGAAGGUGAAAAAUCCCUUAGACGAAGGUCAGCUCACAGUCUGUACGGAAAGACUCACACUGGGUCUAGGCAAUACACGUGCAACAAAUGUGGGAAAUCCUUAAGCCACAAAUCAGUACUUAUUCAUCCCCAGAGAUGGCAUAGUGGAGAAAGUAAUCAUGUUUGCAGUGGAUGUGCAAAAUCUUUUAGCCAUCGCCAAAUGUUGAUUACACGUUCUGGUCAAACCUUAGAAAGGCCUUAUAAUUGUGGUGACUGUGCAAAACGUUUUACCUCUAUCUCUGCUCUCAGUUAUCAUCAGAGAUCUCACACAGGGGAAAGACCUUAUGAAUGCAGUGAAUGUGGGAAGUCUUUUAUCUCCAGUACUGGCUUCCGUUCUCACCAGAGUGUUCACACUGGAGAAAAGCCUUAUGAGUGCAGUGAAUGUGGUAAAUCAUUUUUCUCUAGGUCUGACCUCCAUUAUCAUCACAGAGUUCACACUGGGGAGAGGCCUUAUGAGUGCAGUGAAUGUGGCAAGUCCUUUCACCGAAGAAAUAACCUCAAUGUACACAUAAAGGUUCACUCAAGUGAGAGGCCAUACGAAUGUAAUGAAUGUGGAAAAUCUUUGAAGUGUAAGUCUUCAUUCAUUCAACACCAAAGAAUUCACACAGGAGAAAGGCCUUAUGAGUGCAGUGAAUGUGGGAAAUCUUUUACCACUAGUUUUGUCCUUCGUUCUCACCAGAGAGUUCACACCGGAGAAAGGCCUUAUGAGUGCAGUGAAUGUGGGAAAUCCUUUACUGCUAGCUCUGUCCUCCAUAAUCACCAGAGGGUUCACACAGGAGAAAGGCCUUAUGAAUGCAGUGAAUGUGGGAAAACUUUUACCACUAGUUCUGUCCUCCGUUACCACCAGAGAGUUCAUACUGGAGAAAAGCCUUAUGAAUGCAGGGAAUGUGGCAAGUCCUUUCCCCGAAGAACUAACCUGAAUGUACACAUAAAGGUUCACUCAGGUGAAAGGCCUUAUGAGUGUAAUGAAUGUGGGAAAUCUUUUAAGUGUAAGUCCAAACUCAUUGAACACCAGAGAAUUCACACAGGAGAAAAGCCUUAUUUGUGUAGUAAAUGUGGGAAAUCUUUUAGUCGUAGCCACGCCCUCCAGUAUCAUCGACAAAGUCACCUUGGAAUAAGGCCUUAUGAGUGUAAUGAGUGUGGGAAAUCUUUUGCUUGUAGUUCUUCCCUCAGAUCUCACCAAAGAGUUCACACUGGAGCAAGACCUUAUGAGUGCAAUGAAUGUGGGAAAUCUUUUACAGCUAGUUCUGUCCUUCGUGCUCACCAGAGAGUUCAUACUGGAGAAAGACCGUAUGAGUGCAGUGAAUGUGGAAAGUCCUUUCUCCGAAGAAAUAGCCUCAAUGUACACAUAAAGGUUCAUUCGGGUGAAAGGCCUUAUAAGUGUAAUGAAUGUGGGAAAUCUUUUAAGUGGAAGGCAACAUUCAUUCAACACCAGAGACUUCACACAGGAGAAAGGCCUUAUGAGUGCACUGUAUGUGGGAAAUCUUUUAUCAGUCAUCCUGCUCUUAGUUACCACCAAAGAGUUCACACUGGAGAAAGGCCUUAGGAGUGCUGUGAAUGUGGGCAGUCUUUCAGCCAAAGCUCCAGUCUCACUCAACAACAGAAAGUAUAGUAGAUGAAGCCCUUCUGAGUGAUCAAUUAUGAAUUGUUUAUGUUCACUAGAAGUUGUAUUUCUCUUCCUAUCCUCUAUUCAGGAUUAGCAGAUAAUGUCUUUGGGAGGUAAUUUGAAUCAGAAUGGGUCAUGAGUGUGGAUGGAGCCCUCAUGAAUGGGUUUGUUGUCUUCAUACCAGUUCUAAGAGAGCUUGCUUCCUCUGUGUACCAUGUGAGGACCCUUUUGAGAAGAUCAUCUAUAAAUCAGGAAGUUGCUCCUCACCAGACAUGGAACCGGACCCUAUAGGGAAUGUUAGGUUGGCUAUCCAGCCUCCAGAAAGAAGUUUCUGUUGUUUGCAAGUCACCUAGUUUGUGGUACUUUGUUAGAGCAGCCUGAGCUAAGACAUGUGAAGAAUGUGGGCAAUCUUUUGGCGAAGGAUACAGUUUCAUAAAAAUCAGAAAUUACCCUGGGUAAGGCCUCAUGAGUGAGGGGAAUGACACAAUUCCUUUUGCCAGUCCUCUGUCUUCAUUGCACACUUUGAGUUCACACUGCCAAAGGGCAUUAAGGUAGCAGAGCAGGUGGUAUUUCCUUGAGUAGUGUAAUCACAGUGGAGGAGUGCCUUUGUGAAGCAGCCACUUAGCUGGAACAAACCUUGUUCACUUGAAUGUCUGCAGUGGAGUGACUUACCCUAAGUUCCAGCUAUUUGGGAAAACUUGAGGAGCUGUGUUGUGCUUCUGAUGUGUCCGGAGUCAUUGCUAGAUUGAAGUCACUGCCAGUUUCUGUAGCAGAAGUCAUUUCACCAAUGCCACCUGGCAGGUUCCCACAAUAUAUAUCAGUCACCACCCCAAUAUGCUAUGGCAAGAUGGUCUCUGUGGUUUGUCAUUGGCGAUAGGAAUUAUGGAUUGUUGGAACUUCUCAUUCCCUUCUCAGUUAGAAUGUGGAUGUGACACAUUGUUUAUCCACAGCACCUGAUCUGAGUUCUUGGUGGUAUCUUGCAGAGAAAGACUCAUCUUAGGGACGUUACCAUCUUUUGAUGCCCAACUGGUCAUGUGGGGCAAGGCCUCGUCCAGAAGGAAGAGGCAAGAGGUAGCGUUCUGUGCAGCAACAUGGUGAAGUCUUUUCCUUUGCAGACCCUGGUGUGAGUGUGGUAACAUCUCAGAUAUGAUUUUGAGGAAGUGGCUGAGCCUUGUGGACAGCAGUGUGGGGCAUGCCAGGGGACCACUGUGCCAGGUUGGAGGGCCGGGUUGACAUGCAAGGAGUAGGUGAGACACCUGAAAGGGGUGGCACACCCAGCAAUGCUAUUUAGGUAGGACUCUAUGGGCUGAGUCUCCCUUUUUCACCCUGGACAUGGAUUUCCCACUGUGGGUCCCUAAGACAGUGACCUGCCUAUUGCUCUAGCCACUCUUUUCCCAGUAGUUCCCUGAGGGACACCACACAGUCUAUGUGGCCGAGAGGUCCUUGACCCAACUCAUAUGUGCAUGCUGUGCAAUGGCAUAUACAAGUCUGUGGUGCCAGUGAGGGACUCAAUCUCUAUAGUGAUUAUAUUUUUUGAAAUAAAUUGUUAAGGACAAAUUAGUAUCAGGCAACAAACCACAUAUUCAGAAAGCUUAGAGUACACUAAACAGGAUAAAUGCAAGAAGAAGAAAAAAAGACCCACAUGUAGGUGUUUUAUUUUCAACUUACUUGAAAUCAUAAAGUUUUUAAAGAAGCCUGAGGGAAGAAAAUACCUUAGCUCCAGAAGAACAAAGACUUACAUCCAUUUUCUCAGAAAUCAUGCAAGCAAGACAGGAGAGGAAUGAAAUAUUUAGUGUUGAGAGAAAAACUCAUCAGGCUAGAGUUGUCUACCUGGCAAAAUUAUCCUUCGACAGUGCAGGGCAAACAGCAUUUCUGAAAGAAAAACUAGGGAACGUUUUGCCAGCAAACCUGCCAUCUUAUUCCAUUUUGGGUGAUAUGACAAAGUACUACAGACUGGGUAAUUUAUAGAAAGAUAAACAUUCAUUUCUUACAGUUCCGGAGGCUGGCAAGUCCAAGGUCAAGGCGCCAGCAUGGGUGAGUUCUCUGGUCAAGAUCCUCCUCCUGGUUCCUAGUUGGCUUUUCUUGCUACAUUCUUCCAUGAUUAAAGAAAUUAGGGAUUUGUUUUUUCAGUAGGCUGCAGGUCCAGGAUGGAGCCAAAUAUGGGGCUUUAAUUCAUGAUCCUGAGAUCAAGAGUUGGAUGCUUAACUAAUUGAGCCAUCCAGGCACGCCAGAAGUAAGGGAUCUUUGUGGAGCUCCUUUUAUAAAGGCAGUAAACCCAUUCAUGAGGGCUCUAACCUUAUAACCUAAGCACCUCCCAAAAGUGUCAUAUUUAGGAGUUAGGAUUUUUUCACAUGAAUUUGGGGAAGGGGGGUGACCAUAGGAUCUUGCUUGCAAGAAUUGUGAAAAGAACUUUAGAGACAAGGAAUGUGAUAUGGGUCAGAAACUUAGAUCUACAUAAAGAAAGAAAGAGUAUUGUACGAAGAAUAACAAC